CAACCCAUCAAGCCACAGUUCUGUUGCCUCGUGCCACUCGGCACCAGAACUCCAGCCUGAAGGCUUGUCUCUGUCAAUCCCAGUAAAUUAUAUUUAGAAUACUCACUUUUUGCUGCAAUUGAUAAAUUGUUUUUCAUCUCGAAACCUCAUCCCCUCACCCAUUUUUCUUUCCGAAGCCCCAGUUUCUGAAGCACCAACAACUACCAGUACUAUUAAUAGCUAGUAUCAUCAUCAUGUCUUUGCUUACCAUCGAUGAUAUCAACCAGCUCUCCUACAAUGAGCUUCGUUCGCAGUGCAAGAAAGCCAAACUCGGAGGUACCGGGAAGGCCGACGUCCUUCGUCAACGUCUUUUGGACGCUCACAAGAGUCAGAACACCACCCAUACGAGCGAUUCAAAGCCAAAGGCCGAAGAAGAUGACGAUGACAAGGCGACGCCCAAUGACCAGAAAGAAGGGGAAAACGAAGGUCCAACGCCCAAGGAAGAGGAAAGAGAUGUCGAUUCGACUGCCAAGAAGGAAGAUGAGCAGAAUGAUAAGCCCAAGACCGAUGAAGCCAAGGACGAUUCCAACGACAACGACAACAACACAACUGAAGCUUCAGAGGCAAACACCAACGAAAACGGUGAAAACACCGAGCCCGAAGAAGACAAGGAGAAUGAAGACGAUUCAGAGACAAAGACCAAUGUAAACGAUGGCAGCUCCAAGCGCGAAGAAGACAAGGAGAAUGAAGACUAUUCAAAGACAAAGACCAAUGUAAACGAUGGCAGCCCCAAGCCCGAAGAAGACAAGGAGAAUGAAGACGAUUCAGAGACAAACACCAAUGAAAACGAUGACAACCCCAAGCCAGAUGAAGACAACGAGACUGAAGACUUGAAUCUUAAGCCCAAAGCCAAAGAAGAAAACAACGACAACAGUGCAAAGCCCACGGAAGAUUCGAAGCCCAAAGAAACAAAACUGAGCGAUAGUCCAAAUCCUCAGAAAGUCAAAGAAAUAGAGAAGCUCCAGCUCGAGAAGCUGCAAGCCCAGUUCCCUGUCGAGGAUUUGAUUUGCCCUAUUACCCGUGAGAUACCGUGGAACCCUGUCACAGCUGAGGAUGGCCGCGUCUACGAGCGUGCGGCAAUUGAACAACACCUCAAGACUAAGAGAACAUCACCAAUGACGAAUCAACCGAUGGGCGACCGUCUGUUCCCAGCUCCCCAGCACAAGAAUUUGAUUGAAGGACUGAUCAAGACGGGUGUCAUUGGUGAUUCAUUGCUCUCCAGUUGGAAUGAAAAAGUGAAGGAGAAGAAGGAAAUUGAAGACCUGUUGAAGAAGGCCAAUGCGGGCGACAAAAAUGUCAUGCUGACUGUCGGACUGAAUUAUCGAUACGGCGAAAAGGGUUUUGCGAAAGACCUAACCAAGAGCCACAUCUUGAUGAAGAAAGGACACGACUAUGGAAACUUGGAGUGCACGGUAUUCCUAGGGGCGGACCUUUUGACUGGAACGGGUGUCGCCCAGGACUUAAUGAAAGGAAUGAUGUAUACUGCUAUGGCUGCGGGGAACGGAUCGGAUUUGGCGGCCUACGUGUUAGGGUCAGCAUUGGCAACUGGAAUUGGUGGUGUGACGGUGGAUAAGGACGAGGCAAUUCGUUGGCUCUGGAAGGCUUCGAGUGGAACCUGUCCUGUCAAACACUUGAACGAAAUGGAAAAAGACAGAGCGAAGAAACUGCUGAAAAGCCUUACCAACAAAGCCCCCGCAACCGAUCCUUCCGCUUGAUUGUUUUGGUAAAGCACAAAGAACUCGAACUCACUGUCAGUGCCUACCGGCGCAACGCAAUCAAAAGAAACUGUUUUGGCAGCCUAAACAGAGUGACGAGUCUCAGUCGACAAGUACACACGAAGGAUGGAAAAGGAGCCAGCAAGUCAAACUAACAAACUAGGAAUGGUUCUAUUGCAAAUAAAUUGAAAACUGAACAGAAGAACAUCGAAUGUCCCAGCUC